UUCAGAUGAAUGCUUGACUUGUUUUUGAACAUAUAGUUUUGUUGAUAACAAUUCCUCAAUAUCAAGUCACUUUCACUGAUAAUGGAAACCAUUGAUCUCUGAAAUCAAAGCGAACUUUCUUAUCACAUUUUGGCAUUGUGAUAACAAUUUUCUUAUCGCAUAAAACUUUUGUUAUAUUUAUUAUCUUAUCAAUAAAAUUUAUCAACCCCAAAGCUUAAAACAUAUUUUUUAUCAAUACAUGUUUACCUUUUCACCCCCUGGGAAGUUGGUGCAAUAUUUGUAAACAAACUGACGAAGUUCAAGGAAAAUAUCUGUUUACAUUACUACAAGACGAUUAUUUGAAAAGAUGCAGUGAAUGAAAAAAAGAACGCUGGGAGAAUGUAUAUUAACCCACUACAAUACCAAAAGAAUCAUAUUCAAUUGUUAAAUUGCAUAUUUACAGCAACCAAUCUACAAUAGAAAAGCUUAUUUAUAUAAUACAAUCAACCGCUGUCAAAUUCAAGAAUAUUUACUUUCGUAUACCAACAACCAAUACGAUGAUGAUCAAUGACAUAUCCUCAACUUGUGAAUAUCAUCGACCUUCCAGUGCGGAUAGUGGGAUAUCAGAACCUUCUGAGAUUCCUAGGCCUUCUCCAACGAGUGAUUCUCCACUUUUUGUCAGCCCAAUACGACCAAACAAGUAUCAGCUGCCUAUGCAACCCCAACAGUACAACAACGAAAGAGAAGGAUACCCAUAUCCGUUAGCUGUAUCAACCCCAGCUCCAGCACACCUUGGAAGAGGCCGAAGCAAUUCGAACCAAAGGUUUCAUCCGUAUGGAAAUAGAAACAGUGCGGCAACUAUGAAACCCGUAGACGAAAUCAAACAACAUACCGCAACUCUUGCUAAAAUACCAGAAGUCGCAGGCACUAACAAAAAAGACACCUGUGAUGUCAAACCUCCGUAUUCGUAUAUUGCAUUGAUCACUAUGGCAAUUGUUCAGUCACCAGGAAAACAAUUAACUUUGGGAGAAAUUUGUCAAUUUAUUAUGAAACGUUUUUCAUACUACCAAAAACGUUUUCCUGCUUGGCAAAAUUCCAUCAGACAUAAUUUAUCGCUGAACGAUUGUUUUAUCAAAGUUCCCAGAAAAUCAGGUAUGACUGGGAAAGGAAAUUUUUGGACAAUUGACCCAGCAGCAGAAGAUAUGUUUGAAAACGGUUCUUUUUUAAGAAGACGAAAAAGAUUUAAACGCACAGAAAGUAAAGUUCAACAAGCUGAAUCUAAUUCAGAAAGUCAGUAUGAACAACAAAAUCCAAACAAUGAAAACUUAUAUGAAACAGCGAAGCAGGUUUACCAGAAGCCAAUAUCAAACCAAUUUCAAAACUAUUAUCCGGCGUACCGUCAACCGACUUUCACGUCAUACCAUGUUCCGCAAUAUCCUAGUCCUAGUCUACAACACGACAGUAACCAGUAUGCUUCUCUGCAAUACCAGCGUCAAUUGGCAAUAGCACAUCAACGUUAUGCUGCUAUGGUGUCACAGGAAACUGUCUCACAAGUCCGCACGGGACCGAUGUUUUCCGCACAAUCACACCCACGUCGACACAGUACGUUUUCAAUCGAUUCGAUCAUUGGAACUCAAGGAACCCAACUAGUAUAUCCCACACAAAUAACCCCACAAUGCAACACCAUUGUAGAUUUUUCAAGUCAAAAUAUUGCCUUUGCUCAUCAUACUGGUAUACACGCUUACCAAUGUCUCUGAUGCAAUAUUAUUUCUCUUUGUCUGUAUUUUUUAAUUUUAUAAAUAGUUUUUAUAAAUAUAAAUAAAUGUGUAGAUU